UAUAAUUACUUCAUCCAUCAUUUUUGUUCAUUUGAAAGAAUUCAUCAACAAAUUUCGAAAAUGAAGGUCCAAGUAAUAUCAAAAGAGCUCAUUAAACCUUCAACACCAACACCGCCACGUCUUAGAAAUUUCAAGCUUUCACUUCUUGAUCAACUUCUUCCACCAUUCUACGUCCCCAUUAUUAUAUUCUACCCAGCUAAUGAUGAUCAUGAAUCGAAUAAUAAUGAUCAAUGUAUUAAAGCAAAUAUACUCAAGAAAUCUUUAUCCGAAACCCUAACACGAUUCUACCCAAUUGCGGGUAGAAUAAGAGAUAAGAUCUUAGUUGAGUGUAAUGACGAAGGCGUACACUAUAUCGAAGCAAAAGUUAAUGCUGUAAUGUCUGAUUUUAUGAGUCUGGACGUAAUUCAUCAACUUCACCCGUCAUACAUUACGUUAGAUGAUUUAGCUGAAGAAGCACAAUUAGCAGUUCAAGUCACUAUGUUUGAUUGUGGUGGAAUAGCUCUUAGUAUAUGUUCAUCGCACAAGAUAAUUGAUGGAUGUACAUCGACAACAUUUUUAAACAGCUGGGCAGCCACUGCUCGUGCACCAUCCAACCCAGAAAUUGUGUAUCCAACUUUUGAUGCAGCCGCUAUCUUCCCGGCUCAACCUUCAGGAGUCCAAGUAUCAACGCUUGAGUCGGAUGAUCGCCUCCAAGGAGAAAACGUCGUUACUAAAAGGUUUCUAUUUAGUGCUUCUAAGAUCACUGCCCUUCGUGCACGGAUUGCUGAGUCAAGAAGUAGUAACAUUUUGUCAAAAUAUCCAAGUCGUUCUGAAGCGGUAUCGGCUUUGGUAUGGAAGUCGUUCAUGGAGACAAGUAGAGUGAAAGUAACCCGUGAACACACCUUCUCAGCAGAAGCAUCAACAAAACCCAUCGUAAGAUCUAUAGCCAACUUUGUUGUAAAUUUGCGGACAAGAUUAAAUCCACCGUUGCCUAAUGUAUCAUUCGGCAACAUUAUCAUGGAUGCAACAGCUGAGUCGUUGAUAAUUGACAACGGCGAGAAUACUCUGGGAUUUGUCGAAACACUAGAUGGUCUGAUAAGCCAGCUGAGAUUGGGGGUAACUAAGAUGGACGAUGAAUACGUACGUAAACUACGAGAAGAUGAUGUUGAGUUCUUAAAAUCACUUGAUGAAGCCUCUCAUCCUUCAAAUGGAGAAGGUGAUGGAAAUGGGGAGAGGGUUUAGAUUUGUUGGAUAAGUAGUUUAUGUAGGCUUCCAUUUUAUGAGAUUGAUUUUGGGUGGGGAAAACCAUCAUGGGUAGCUCUGAAUUCUUUUUCAGAAUACAAGAACUCUCUUUUUCUGAUGGAUACAAAAUGUGGUACAGGUAUUGAAUGGGUGAGUUUAGAAGAGGAAGACAUGGCCAUAUUUGAGGAGGAUCAAGAUCUUCUCCAUUAUGCUAAAACUAUUGCCUAGAUUGGUGUCCAACACUUUGUACUGAUUAUGCUUUUUUCCUCUUUUUCUAGCUUUUUCUUUUUUUGGUUUUUUGGGGUUCUUUUGUUUGAGGUAACUGUCUUAUACUCUAUGCAAGUUUGGGAAUAAACAGAACUUCUUGCUUGCUUGUCUAA